AUGCAUGACCAGUGUCGUGAAACUUACACAGAAGCUCAACAAAAUGUGACCCUGGAAUGUCCUCGAGAGAAAAGCUUUGAUGGUUCUGAGAAUCUGUACUGGAUCAGAAUCAUUUCUGGUCACCAGCCUGAAUUCUUGGGGAGAACGCCCGUCUUCGAUAAUGAAGCAGUUAAUGAAACUCCUCAUUUUACUGCCAAACAAGAACCUGGAACUUUUGUUUUACACAUUCACCAGACUCAGAUCAGUGACAGUGGACUUUAUUACUGUAUAAAGACCGGCAUAACUUUCAUGACCUUUUUGAGAGGAGUGUUUCUCGAAGUUAAAGGAGCCCAGUCUUCCAUCUCUGGCGUGGUUCAAGCUCCUCCGUCUGAAGCGCUCCGUCCAGGAGAGUCGGUGUCUCUGCAGUGUUCGGUCCUCUCUGACUCUGAGAAGAAAACAUGUUCAGAAGAUUACAGAGUUCACUGGUUCAGAGCAGGAUCACAUCAAUCUCACCCCACUUUCAUUUAUACUGAUGGAGGCAGUGCAGAGUGUGGAAACUCUUCACAGAAAUGUUUCUAUAGCUUCUCUAAGGAGGUCAGUGUCUCUGAUGCUGCUACUUAUUACUGUGCUGUGGCUGCAUGUGGAGAGGUCAUGUUUGGAAAUGGAGCUAGACUGGACAUUAAAGAUUCCAACACAAGACCUUUGAAUCACACAGAAAUAGCUCUUUGUAUCGUCUGUGUUGCUUUGGCUGCAAGUGUGACGGUUUCAGUUUAUCUCAUCUGGACCAUCAAGAAGAAGAAUUGUAACUGUGACAGAUGAAGCUUCGUUGACCUAUUCAGCACCAACCUUCAGCAGGAGAAAAGUUAAAGCAGAAAGAGGAAACACACACUCGGCUCAGGAAGAGACGAUCUACA